AAUAAAGAGCUAACGACGCCCUAGGAGUUGUGAAAUAUUUGAACAAUUCAAUUGGCCAUAUUCUAAAUUCUGCUUUUUUCGGGUAGCUGGUUUGGUCAACAAGCGCGUGGCACUGCCCAAAUUGUUGGCUUGCAAUGCAUACAUUGACCUUGGGCACUCGGCCGACACGCUCAACAACUCCUACCUGUUGUUGAACGGGUAAAAUCCCUCCUGGGGGUUUGAUUAUCAGUCCAUUUUCUGCAGGCUACUCGAUCGAAUUGUGGGUAGUGUUUGCAUGAUCGGCAAAGAUGGCUCUUUCUCUUUCUGUGCAAUGCAAAUGGAAUCCCAAAUCUCACGGCACCACCAUGUCCAAUCCCACAUUUUUUAGCAGAGGGAGGAAUGACCUCAAAAUAAGGGCAGGAAUGGAGGCAGAGGAGAAACAAUUGGAGAUCCAAGCAAUGAGCACAACCAGUCUUGAAGCACUGCAACGGCUUAAACUUUCAGGAGGCGCCAGCAGAUACACAAGGGAGAAGAGCUGCAUAUUGGUCAUAGGGCUGAGUUUUCACACUGCACCUGUUGAGAUGCGUGAAAAACUUGCAAUUCCAGAGGCAGAAUUGCCCCUUGCCAUUGCUGAGCUAUGUAAGCUGAAUCAUAUUGAGGAGGCAGCUGUUCUGAGCACUUGCAACCGAAUGGAAAUAUAUGCUGUUGCAUUGUCUUGGCACCGCGGUAUUCGGGAGGUGACUGAAUGGAUGUCCAAGACAAGUGGAAUACCUCUCAAGGAGCUCCGACAACAUUUGUUCACCUUGCGUAACAGGGAUGCAUCACACCAUUUAUUUCAAGUUGCAUCCGGUCUUGACUCACUUGUUCUUGGGGAGGGUCAAAUCCUAGCUCAAGUUAAAUAUGCAUGUAAGAUAGGUGAAGAAGCAGUAGGAUUUGGCAGGAAUCUCAGGGGGCUCUUCAAGCAGGCUAUUAUAGCUGGAAAACGGGUCCGUUCAGAAACAAGUAUAGCUUCUGGUGCUAUGUCCGUUAGUUCUGCAGCUGUUGAGCUAGCAAUAAUGAAGCUACCAAAGGAUAAAGUUUCCUCUGCUAGAAUGAUGGUUGUUGGAGCUGGAAAGAUGGGGAAGCUUGUGAUAAAGCAUCUAUGUGCAAAAGGAUCCAAGAGAAUUGUGGUGGUCAAUAGAUCAGAGGAGAGAGUUUUGGCUUUGCAGGAGGAGCUAAGCCAAGCAGAAUUGAUUUAUCAGCCACUUACUGAGAUGAAUAAGCACGCAGGUGAGGCUGAUGUGGUGUUUACAAGCACAUCAUCGGAGACACCUCUUUUCUUGAAGGAGCAAGUAGAGGCACUUCCUACAAAACCUGCCGAAUUGGGUGGUACUAGACUGUUCAUAGAUAUUGCUGUGCCCAGGAAUGUGGAUACCCGUGUGUCAGAAUUAGAAUCAGCUAGAGUGUAUAAUGUGGAUGAUCUGAAGGAAGUUGUUGAAGCAAACAAAGAAGAGAGGCAGAGGAGAGCCAUGGAAGCUGAAGUUAUCAUUGAUGAAGAAUUGAAGCAAUUUGAGGCAUGGAGAGACUCACUGGAGACAGUGCCAACCAUUAAAAAACUCAGAGCUUAUGCUGAGAGAAUCAGAAUUGCAGAGAUGGAGAAAUAUUUUGCAAAAAAGGGAGAUGAACUAACCAGAAAAGAUAAGAAGCUUGUGGAUGAUCUAACUAGGAGUAUUGUUAACAAAUUGCUACAUGGUCCUAUGACAAACUUAAGAUGUGAUGGCAGUGAUAGUCGAACUUUAAGUGAGACUCUGGAAAAUAUGCAUGCUCUUGAUAGAAUGUUUGAUCUUCAAUCUGACACAUCUAUCCUUGAAAAGAAACUCAGAAAUGUGGUCAAGAAUACAUAAAGCUGAGUCCCUUGAUUUUUUGUGGUUAAGUGGCUUUAUUUGGCUAGUUUCAUCGGCUAUUGGAAAACACUUAUUUGAGUCUUUACGAAGAAAUGGAGGAUCAUAUUGAUUAAAUUAUUAUUUAAUCAAACUCCAAAAAGAAACAGAUACCUUAAUAUGCUCCCAGCAUAUCCUAUUCGUUGUCAAGGGAGAAAAGACUUGUGUUAUGAAUGUUCCUUUUUGAAUUUGGAACAUUCUGAAUCAUGUAAACUUGCCUAAUUGGGCAGAGUUAAAAGAGGUAUGACAAUAAUACUUAAAUUUUUGUCAUUGCAGGAAAUGUUUGUUUAAUAAUUUAAUUUAUUUUCUGUGAAUAAAAUAUGAAACAGGCAGUCGCCUUGAGUUUGGAGGCAUGUA